GCAACAACAAUUAGCGUCACAGCAACAACAACAAGCAUCACAACAACAACAGCAAACGUCGACACAACAGCAAUCCGCAAGCAUGAUGAUGAGCGGAAGUCAAAGAAUGUUAACAACACUGGCUACAGCAUUGAAAGCAACAACAACUUCCGGCUCGACAACAAGUGACAACGGCACCGGCAUUGGAGCUACGCACGAUGCCACCAAACCGCUGCCCACAACAAGCAGCAACACAGCGACAACAGUGCCAGCAUCCAUGGUAGCCGCUACAGCAUUGACGGCGGAGAUGGGGGGCGUGGCCGGUGCUUCAGCGAUGACAAUUGGCGCUACAGUGCCCACCACCCGCGAGGUGUUGUGUGGCGGUGGUGUCAACGGAGUGGCCUGCGGUGAAAUAAACGGAAAUCCGACAACACCAACCGCAUCGGCAGCGGCCGCCGCCGCAACAGCAGCGACAUCGUUUUAUACAAAUGUCAUAGGAAAUUGCAGUGGCCACAAAAAUAAUAGCAAUGCCGGCAAUGAUAACAAAUGCUACAACAGUGUCAAUAUGAAGGCGAGCAAUGCCAGCAGUCUUGGACAAAGGCUAGAUGCACAACAACAACAACAAUUACAUUCGCAACAGCAGCAGCAAAUGGCACUGCAUGUACCAGUCACCGGUCCAGGACCUGGUCGACCACCUUCCACUUGCUCCCCUAACGCCCCACACCCCUUGCACCCCUCUUUGUAUGGCAGCGAGCGGCAAGCAUUGGCCGAUUUCAAUAUGAAUGUUGUUGGCAACAAUGAGAGUAUCGGUGGUAUUGGCAUCGUCAGCAACGACGGCUGCACCAUGGCUGCCAUGUACUCCACAAACAACAACAAUAACAACAAUUGUAUUGACCACAACGGUAAUAGUAACCUGACUAAUUGCCUGAAUGGCAACAAUGACAAUACGAACAACCACGCCAACAACAACAACAACAUGUUCCUUGCCAUACAGCGUCACGCGGCGGAAAACUGCGCAACGUUGCAACCCAAACAACAGCAGCAACAACUUCAGCAUUUACAAUUGCAUUUCGGCACGCAUUCGCAUGGACAAUUCGCGCAUGACGACCACUCGCCUUGUCCAACGCCCCCCAUGCCGCCCUCAGCGCUGCGAAAUGGCAACAAAUGUGACGCGCUCUCAACGGCCGCCGCAGCUGCUGUGCUCGGACUGCCGGUGGCAUUGCCUUUGUCAUUGUCAUUGCACUUGCCGCCAUUGUCAUCGUCAGCAUCCGCCGCCGCUUGUCGUACAGCCUUGACGUCAGACCCGGCAGCAGCAGCAGCUGGGGGAACGCAGUGUGCCUAUUGUUGUCAGCCAAUUUGUGAUCGUUAUAUAAUGCGUGUCGUGGACACUUCAUUUCACGAGGGCUGCCUCAAGUGCGCCACUUGUGCGCUGCACUUGGUGCACUCCUGUUAUGCGCGCGAUGGCAAGCUCUAUUGUCGCAUCGACUAUGAAAGACAAUUUCUACGCAAUCGCUGCCUCAGCUGUGGUCACCGCAUCGCUUGCGAUGAGCUGGUCAUGCGAACAUUCGACAGUGUUUUCCAUUUAAAGUGCUUUGCGUGCGUCGUAUGCGGUGGACUCUUGAAGAAGGGUGAACAGUACGUGGUGAAGCAGGGUCAACUAUUCUGCCGAUUGGACUAUGAAAAAGAAGUCGAAAUGCUGCAAGGAUACGAUUUCUACGGCGAUGACUUGUUUGCACCCAAAUUGGAUGGAAGACGUGGACCUAAACGACCACGCACCAUACUGAACACACAGCAAAGGCGCGCCUUCAAGGCAUCCUUUGAACUGUCACCGAAACCCUGUCGUAAAGUGAGAGAGAACUUGGCAAAGGAGACUGGUUUAAGUUUAAGAAUUGUGCAGGUUUGGUUUCAAAAUCAACGCGCCAAAGUGAAAAAAAUACAAAAGAAAGCCAAGCAAGAGCACACGAAGGGUGCGAGCGACUCACAGGAUUCUCAAGAAUCGGACAACAGCAAUUUGGCGAAGAUUAAAGACGAGGCGCAUAGUGACUGCGAGUCGCUGCUAGAGUCACCGUUUUCCGCCUGCGGCAGCAGUGGCGGGGUAGGUGGCGGCGGCGGUGGUGGUGUUGGCGCCUCUUGUGCGGAUGGCGGUAUAAAAAUGCGCUCCAUCAAAGACGAAAACGAGAAUACGUCAUUUAAUUGCAUGGAAACCAAUAAAGAAAACUGCAACAAAACGAACGAGCCUUUUCUGAGCACCGUACUUGGCCUGAGCUACUCCACAUUUCAACAGCUGAUGGGACCGCUGACGCAAUCGCCCAUGGUGAAUCCCAUUGAUCGGCUCUACAGCAUGCAGAACUCCUACUUUCGGCCGGAGGAACUGGCCUAUAAUGGUUGUUCCAAAGACUUGGUUGAGCCUUAGAGAUGGUGGUAGGGUUCAUAUGAAUAAAAUAUUAGUUGAUAUUAUACAUUUUAGUCGUGAUAGUUGUGUAUAAAUAAAUAUACCUAUGUAUGUAUAAUUCAACGUUAGUGAAAGUAAAAUAAACAAUAAUAUGAUUUUAUAAAAACACAAGAGCGUAAGCAAAAUAGCAAAAUCAAAAAUGAAACGGUACUCACGUUUAUAACGAUACCAAUACCGAUUAGUAGCGAGUAGUAGCGUAAAAUGCAUAAGAAUAAAAAACAAAACAAAAUUGUUGAAAAUAAA